AUGGAGGAGGCCGGCGCCGAGGGCGCCUUCACGAGCGUCGCGGCCGGGCGCAGGCGGCGGAAGCGGCGCGCGGCCCGCGGGGAGGCGGACACGGCCAUGGAGGCGGAGCCGGCGGCGGAGGCGGAGGCGGCGCGGCCCUGCAAGCGGCCGGUGCUGCCGCCCGCGCCCGCCGAGGCGCUGCGGGCCGGCGGCGCGGACACGAUGCGGGUGCCGGUGCCGGCGCACAGGUACUCGCCGCUCAAGGAGAGCUGGAUGAGGAUCUUCACGCCCAUCGUGGAGCACCUGCGGCUGCGCGUCCGCUUCAACCUGCGCACCCGCAACGUCGAGAUCAAGACGUGCCCRGAGACGGAGGACAUAAGCGCCCUGACGAAAGCAGCCGACUUCGUGAAGGCCUUCGUGCUGGGCUUCCAGGUGGAGGAUGCUCUUGCACUCAUCAGAUUAGACGAUCUUUUUCUAGAAUCUUUUGAGGUUACGGAUGUCAAGCCUUUGAAAGGAGAUCAUCUGUCAAGAGCAAUCGGGAGAAUAGCAGGGAAGGGUGGAAAAACCAAGUUCACCAUAGAGAAUGUGACAAGAACACGGAUAGUCCUUGCUGAYACAAAAAUUCAUAUUUUGGGAUCUUUCCAGAACAUAAAAAUGGCACGAACAGCAAUUUGCAAUCUAAUUUUAGGGAGUCCUCCCUCCAAAGUGUACGGCAAUAUUAGGGCUGUGGCCAGCAGAGCAGCCGAAAGGUUCUGAUGCAGAAGUCCUGCUGCUCCAAGAGCUGUGGCUGGGAAGCUCAAGGCRGGUUUUGGAGGCCUGCACUUACACAAGGACCUGCUUCACGUUCUAUGGGAUUUGGAAGUCCAGAAAAAUGCAGGACUAUUUAUGCAGUCCAGUUCCCUUUGGGCAUCCCA